AUGAUUGCAAUCAACGGUCCAAAUAACAAGAGAUUGGAUCUAUGUUUAUAUGAGAGUCAUAUGAAAACAGAGAUCAUAUUAGAUGAGUGUGAAAGAGACAUCAGUGAUGACAAACAACAGACACAACAAACCCAACUCCAGCGUCUGUAUCAACAAAACGCCAGUCGUUUAUCCCAUAAUCAGCACCAUAUGCAUCACCAGCACCAUCACCACCAUCAUCAUCAUCACUGUGCCAUUCAUAGUAAAACCAGACACAUGUCACUGACAUCAACGACAAGAGCAGCACAGGUACUACAAUACCAACAACAUAACAGUUUAAAUAUCAAAAAGAAAUUUGUUUUAUUGGACUCCAAUCUAUUGAUCAGUCAAUACACAAACAAGCAGCAAUCAGUGUUGGAUUCCGUAAAGUCUGACCGUAUUAUUAAUACCGAACCCGAAGAAGACAGAAGGCGGAGGACUAUUAUCAUUGAGAAAAAGGGACAGUCGUUUGGAUUUACUUUACAGACUUAUGGUAUAAAACACAAACGAGAGGGUGAGGUUGAACUGUUGACAUACGUGGAUCACGUGGAGUACGGGGGUCCGGCAUUUAAGGGUGGUAUGCGUGCCGGCGAUGUCAUACUGUCCAUCAAUGGUAAAGAUAUGGAAAGGGCUGAUCACAAGACACUCGUUAAAUAUAUCAGUUCCUGUGAGAAGACUAUGAGAAUUGUAGUAUUGUUUGAGGACUGUGUCCGCAAAGUUGAACUUCAUAUCAAAUAUCUUAAGCUUAAGCACUUAUUGCAAUACAAGAUGAGUGAAUACGAGCUGUUGUGCCAAAGGGAAAGACAGUUAUUAUUGAACGCAUCGAUAAUCACGAGCACUGGUGUCGGCAAUCAUGGGUGUCGUCAAUCAUCAACAAUAAUGUCAAACAAAUUAACAAAUAGUACUCAAAUAGGAUCACAUAAUUCUGGUCAUUCGUGUCCGCAAAUAGUCAAUAAUAACAUUAAUCACAAUCACAUAAUAAAUGAGAAUAGAAUUAAUGCCAUCACUAGACACGACUGUCCACUGAAAACAGGUGGUUGUAUACCACAACAGCCUAAAUGCAAAUCACUGGAUCUGCUGGAGGACGCAAUCAACUGUAAUGACAUACAUCUCGAACCUACAGAUGAUGAUGAAGAAGAUGAUGGACAACACCGGAUGCGAGAAGAGGUUGACAGACCUAUUGAUGACACUAUGGCUACUCUUCCGCGAACUAAAAAGUAUGGCUCAUGUGUUGGCUCGAAAUCUCUUCCCGUUUCUCAGUCUAAUAGUACGGACUGUAUAUUAGGCAAUGAUAUUAAUGAUAGUACAAACCGAUCGCUGGCUGAAGAUAAAGAUUUUGUAACAAAAUUGUAA